UGGAAAGAAAAUUCUUUGUACACGGGCUCUUUCAAGAUCCUGGGGAGAACUCUGGCGAGUCGCCGACAGCAGCGGUGGGAUCACAGGCCCGUGAUUCCGGACCACCACGUCAACCGGAGCCGACCUUUACCAUGGAUCAGGUCAUGUGUCUUGUCAAUUCUAUUACGAAACAAACGGCUGCCAGCGCUGUUACUGCUGCCUUUUCAUCCGGAUCAUUGCCGCCGCGUCAUCGUCACGAUUUUUACUUGCCGCCAUUUGACCCCGAUGAAAGAUCUUAUGAUAUUAGGGAUUGGUGUGCCCACGUGGACAUACCAUCAUAUGAGGCUCGGAUGAAAGCUGUUUUACAACUAAGAGGAUGAGCAAAAACAUGGGCUGACACGUGGUCGCUUAGUUCUACCACGUGGGACCAAGUGAAAUGUGAACUAAUUCAAACUUUUGGCAGGGAGUUCCGGUACGCGGAUGAUGUUCAGAAGUGGAGAGCUUUCACUUCUGAUCACGCAUUUACGCGGAAUACGCCACAACGGCAUGGACGGUGUUCAAGCGAGUCGGACCUGAGGCUUCGAAUGCGGAGGUGGUUGAUGCUGUGGUGACAGGAAGGGAAAAACUGUAUGCAAAAUGACAGCACCGGCUUUCCUAUGUGUAAACGCAACGUUUACAAAGAACGCAAACUGCAAUACACCUACAGUUAUUCCACAAGGAAAAAGGAGAGAUUAUGAAUGGCAAAUAGUGUGGAGAAACGUGCUGGCGUUUAUUUACCUACACGUUGCUUCAUUCUACGGCCUUUACCUUAUAAUUACAGGAAGAACAAAGUUAUUUACCGUGUUAUUUGGAUUGCUGUUCGCGGCUAUGUCAGCGAUGGGCGUGACGGCCGGAGCGCACAGAUUAUGGGCCCAUCGAGCCUACAAGGCACGGUGGCCCCUAAGACUGUUUUUAGCCCUCAUGCAAACAAUGGCGUUCCAAAAUCACAUUUAUGAAUGGGUACGCGAUCACAGAGUCCAUCACAAGUUUACGGAAACAGACGCAGACCCGCACAAUGCUCGCAGAGGCUUUUUCUUCUCCCACAUGGGCUGGCUGAUGGUCAGAAAGCAUAAAGACGUUUUCGUAAAAGGCGCAUCUGUUGAUAUGUCUGAUCUCGAAAAGGACCCCAUCGUCAUGUUUCAGAAGAAAACUUAUUUGGUUGUGAUGCCGCUUCUGUGCUUCAUCGUACCCGCUUGGAUACCAGUCAUGUUGUGGAACGAAAACCCUUGGACCUCCUGGUACGUGGCCUCCAUCCUGCGGUAUACCUUGACUCUCCACUUCACAUGGCUCGUCAAUUCCGCUGCACACAUUUGGGGCAAUAGACCUUAUGACAAAUACAUAGGCGCUACAGAUAAUAAAGCUGUUGCGAUCUGUGCAUUUGGUGAGGGCUGGCAUAAUUAUCAUCAUGUCUUUCCAUGGGACUACAAAGCAGCUGAACUUGGCAACUACAGUACAAAUUUUUCAACAGCUUUGAUUGAUGUUGCCGCUAAGUAUGGGUUAGCAUACGAUCUCAAAACAGUAUCACAAGAAAUGAUCCGUAAGCGAGUAGCGAGGACCGGCGACGGUAGCCACCCUUCCGAUAAGAAAGUCAAAGACUUCCAUGAUGAUCACAAUCAUCCCGAAAAUCCAGUGUGGGGCUGGGACGAUAAAGAUAUGUCCGAAGAGGAAAGAAAAUUAGCUGAAAUUGCUCAUAAAUUAGGAUAGAUAAAAAUGAGACAUUUAACAGUUUUCAUUAUAAAACAAACAUGUGGCCAUUUUUGGGUGGUUUUGAUGGAACAUUGGUUUAUGGUACUUUUUGUGUUCUACAUCGACUGAUAAAUAUGUAUUUAAUUAUUUCUCUAUAAUCUAAUGUUAUUAUUUUUAAUAUUUUAAAGACUAACCAAAGUUUGUAAGAUAGUCUUUUGAAGGGUACUCUUAUUUGAAAUGGGUCAAUAUCUAACAUCUAUCUAACUGGGUUAAAUUAUUUUAAAAGUACAAAUAAUCUCACUUCAUUACACAUAACAAACCUGCCUAUAGUUGCAAGAGCUUAUUUAAAUUAUACAAAUGUAAUAUAAUAUCCAAAAGAUUAAAAUGAACAAUACUUUAACAGAAACAUUUUAUGUAUAUAGUUUCUUUAUUUGAUUUAUCUUCUUAUACUGAAUUAAUUAACUUAUUAAUAUAACACAAUUCUAUAUUGUUUUAGGUAAUUUUUAGCUAAGGAAAGAAACAACUAUGUAUGAAUAUUAUUAUAUAAGUGCCUUAAGUGUUUACAUUAAUUUAUUUCAUAGAGAAGUCAAAUUGUUGUUUAAUAUAGAUUUUGAGAUAAUUUAAUUUAACGCAAUAUUUAUGUAUUUUUGUAAAUCCCUAUAAUAUAAAGGUUUUAUAUGGGUUAUCAUAUUAUUAGGGAAUCAGGGCAAAUUUAAUUGGAAGUAAUGUUAAGUUUUGAGGUUUGUAUAAAACGAAUAAAAAUACCAGUUUUUCGCAUUAUUUUAAGAUAUGCAUUUGUUGCAGAAAUGAAUUAAA